AUGGCGCAAAUUCAAACGUAUUCGUCGCCGAUCGAGAGACGAAAAGGCCUCAUGCCUCCGUCAUUUAAACAUCUAUCGAGUCAAUGCGACAGACGUUUGAUAUAAUAUGGCGUAGUUUAUUUAUAAGUGUGAUUAGUGACGCAACUAAGAGGUUAAUGACAUAAUUCAAGAAAACUGUGAAGGGAACCAAAGGAACCUGGAUCACCCUGUUAAUUUUUCUGUGUUUCCAUCUACGCGGAGUAGUGCGAGAGGGAUCUCCUUAUGUGCCUACGAUGCUCCUUUGGUCUGAGAGAAGGUUAAAAGGAAAGCUGUCGUUCCAACAUCAGCAAUGAGACCUGACAGGGCCAGCCGUCAACAUCGAGGUCUCACUCCGAGAUUAUACUUUCGUGUUUGUAGUGCAAUAUAUGUACUAGUUAGGAACUUGUGUUUGAAGUGUUCGGACUUAAGAAUAAUGGGAUGCUCUCAGUUUCACCCUGUUCAGUUGCUGGUCAUCUACUGUGCAUUACUACUACUAGGAAUAUUGUUUGAACUAGAUCUUCCCUUCAACAGAGGUCUAUAUGAUAAGAAGCUCGAGGACAUUGUUUUGCAAGUUCAGCAGAAAGGUGUAAUGCAACUUGAAAGAGACCAUGGAAGGAAAUUAAUGAAGUCUGACUUGAGGAGAUUUCUUGAAAGUAAAGAGUUUGAAAGACCUUAUCAAAGUGUUUCUAAAAGUGUUUCCUUCCCAAGAUCAGAAUAUGAAAAAAAUACAGAUCUUAGAAAUCUACUGAAAAGGAAAAAUAAGUUUAAGGAUAAUUUAAUGAUUGAAAAUUUUGACAGUUACUCCAGUGUUCAUUAUAAACAGAAAAGAAAUAUAAAAGUCUCCUCUGAACUAAAUGCACUUGAUGAAAUCAUUUUGUUGCUGACAGUGCCAAGAACGUUUUGUGCAGAAUUAGUUUCAUCAUUUGCAGUUAAUUCCAGUCCUGUCCCCUUUUAUCAUUGUAGUGCUAGAAACCUUGGCCGAUGUUUUGCAAGUAAUUCAGGUUAUGGCCAUUACAGUUACCAGUUUACUCAAAACUGCUUCAAGAAUAAGAAACUAGCAGGUUAUGAUGUCAGUUCUGCUAAGCUACUACAAGACAUGGACAGAAAUAGUCAAGUUCAUUCUAUGGAUGCCAGUGAUAACAGAAAAGGAAUUGUUGAUGAAAUCGAAGCACAAAAAAUUAAUGUUGAUAACACUUACAUCUUUGUGAAAGAAUUUAUGGACUUGAAGUAUUUGCCUGUUAUAAGGCUUGAUUAUAAAUUGAACCUCGCUGGCCUGAACUCUCUACAUAAAUAUGAAGUUUUAUCAAAACUUCUGAAGGUCAUUAGAUGGGUUUUGAAGAAGCAGCGGUAUCAUCUGGAAAGAUCAUCAGCUGACAGUCGUCAUCUCCAUGAUUAUCUUCAUCAGGAAGGACUCCAACAGCCCUUGUACAUAUACACUAUAUGGCAUCUUCAUAGUGGUGGGAAUUCUUUGCAGUGAAAUGAUCGCAUUUCCAGUUGUACCCUUUAUAGUCCAUGUUCUUGGGGCUUCCUGAGAGAGAAACUGUCGCUGAUGACAAGCAAGAAAUACAGAACGUUUACACAAAAACUCAAGCUCUUAAAGCGCAUUUAUUUCCUAAUUACCUUAAUUCUGUAUACGUAUUUAUACAUGAAAACUUACAGUAUAUGUACAUAAAAAAUCUGAAAUAAAUUCCUAUUAAAUCUAUGUACACUCACAACGCAAUCACACAAUAACUACCGUAUUCUAGACUUAAACUAUAAAACAACUAGACACUAGAUUAACAUGCUAUUGUUACUUUUAUUCUCAGAGAGUAAAACCUUUCAAGUACGUAAGUAGUUAUGAAUACCAAUAGCAACAUGUCUGAAACUUUUUCAAGCGCACUGGUGCAACUUCUCAAUGCUUCUAACUGCAAUACAGUCUUUCGUCUUGGCUUGCCUUUUUACUCAAACUUCAGCAGCAUGGAAACAAAAGGAUGGUGAAUUUUUUAGUAUUUUUAUUUAUUUCACUCCACUUAAAUUACAAAUGACCACCAUAAACAAAUCCACUAAUUAGGGUUUUUCCUCGUCUCAAGGCUAAGAAGUCAUAUCUUCUCUUUUUGUUUUCAUUAUAUGCAUACAGUAAAAUUGAAAAAAUAUAAACUUUUCACUUCUAACCACUGGCAGUUUGUAUUCCUAUAAUCUGGCCAAUCCUUCAUUUGUGACAUUUGGUGGGUUGGAUUUCUAAAUGAAUAAAGAGAUACUGCUUUUUAGUUUGCCGUUUACAAUAAACAGGACACUGCUUAUGCUGAACAUAAAUAUGCAUAAGGGCUUCUAAACAGGAUCAAACACCCAAAGAGGGAGAGAGGUUGGUUGUCCUUCAUUCAAUCAUUCCUAAAACAGGAAAAAAAAACCCCUACAACCGGCCACACUAAAGCACAUAACAAACAAUUUAAACAUACAAAAACACACACACACACAAAAAUUACAAUCUUCCAUACAAACCACUGCCUUUUCAGAAACCUACCACAAUGUGACUGACAGCAAAAUUUGUUUGUUUUUUGUCUUCCAAAAAUGUAUUAUCUGUACUACACAUUUUUAAAACAUUAUGAACAUAGUGUGUGCAUAUGUGCUAAUACCCGUUGGUUAAAGGCUCAAAUUAGCAGUAUCUUAGAGAGAGAGAGAUUAUUUAGGACUCUGAGGCUUGGCAGAUGUACAAUUACUAAAUAAGUAAUUGUACAUCUGCCAACCUUACGAAUUUACACUACACAAAAAUUUACCGGUUUUUAGAAUUUUGGAUAAAGGAUUGUGUACCUGUACCCGAGGCGAGUAUACGGCAUGAUAGUUUUUAAUAUAUUGAGAGAUAAUAUUCAGGGGUAUCAUAAUGCUUCAUUUGAUCAUAUUGGAAUAGAAACCAUAAUUAAGGAUGACCGCUAGGGGCGCUGCUGUCCGUGGCGUCAUUAGUAGUAGUAGUAGCGGCCGCAUCACCCGUUAGUAUCAGCUCUCUCUAGUGGGGAUUUUAGAUUGGAAGGUCUAAAUGGUGAAUGACUCGUGGUAGUGAUCCCACUCGCCCCUAUUCUCAUACCGACACUUCUUUUAUAGAGUGAGCGAGUCAGUUUUACUGACAUUUUCUUAAUUUUUUUUUCUCUGGUAAUUUUAGAUUAAUUUUGUCUAGAAAGAAUGAUAUUAAGGAUACUUUCAUAGGGCGACACGAGCCAAUCACCCAGAAAUAGAUUUUUCCUACGUCAAAAUCCCUUUUAUAUGAGGGUAUCUUAAAGUGCAAGCUGGAAACUGGUCAAAAACUUUAUAACGGGGUGUUAACAGUGGGAGAAGACAAGGGGAGUGGGGGAGGAUCCCUCACUCACUGACUGUUGCCUUCACUUUUCUUUUGGCUGCUGUCAGUGGUGGGAUAUCUUCCUGCACUCCCCACAUGCCUAGUCGAAAUCAUGUAGGCAAGUAUUUUCUCAUUUAAUGACUUUGGUGUAUGUGUUCCUUUUUUGUUGUAUCGGUCUGUUUUUUUAUCCUUUGGAUAAAAAACACAAAAUUGGUUGCUGGAAGGGACAUGGCUGCCCUUGUAGACAAUUUAUGCUGCCAUUAGCGAAAGAUCUCCAUACUGUAUAUGUAUGCUUCUUGCAAGAGGAGGGCCUGCCAUACCAAAGAAAGAUUUGGCCUACCCUCAACAUCCCCAUGUCAUCCAUGCAGGCUUCUUUGGAGGGUGAUAAACAGUGUUCGUCAUCCUCAGUCGUUGGAGGACACUGGUGGCUCCUCAUUGGCCUCAUGCCAAGUGUCACCAUGAUGUGCUGUCUCUUCUGGUCAAAGCACAAACAGAGUUGCCUCUGUGGCCCACCUUUCUGUGCCACUAACACCAGGCAGUACCUACACCCCCUCCACCUUCACAUGUAUGGAAGUUAUCCAGUGCCUCCUGAGUGUGAGAUAGAGAGAAGUGGGGGGAGAGAGAGGUGGAGGAAGGGGCUUGUCUCACAGGGCUGCGAUGAAGAUGUCCAGGUACCAUAUGUAUUCUUCAGCAAGCUUGUACCAUUGGAGGUGGGCCAUAUAUAUGUACUGUGACUUGUGUCGUAGAAGGGGUGCCUCUCCAGUUGGGGCAUCUAUUCACCAGGUUGCAGACUUCUUCAUCUACCAUCAUUGAAACAGACUUCUUUCAGUAUUUGCAGUAAAAGGCUAUCGCUCUGCCUUAUUGCAGGUGUUCAUACUGAAGUGUCUAGACUUCUCAUCUUCUGUGGAGUUGUUUGUGCUAAUGAUCAAUUCUGAAGUCUUUCCUCCUCAGAAGCUUUGGCCCCAAAGCAGGAUGUGCCCUUAGCGCUCAGGAGUCUUAUCAGGGCAUCUUGUUCCUUGGACUUAAACCUUAUGCUUAGUACCAUUUUCUACUUAGCUCUGGCAUCACCAGUGAGGUUGGGAGAGUUACAUAGUUUUUAUCUUGGCCAGCAACCAGAAAGACAGAUCUCUCUCCUCCUUUUUCAUUUCUGAGUUUAUAGCUAAUAUUCAAGAUCCAUCUGUUCCAGACAAUUGGUUCAAGAGUUUCACAAUCUCCUCCCUUUAAGACUUAGUAGGUGAUGAGUUGCUGCUCUGCCCAGUUCAUGUUGUUAAUUACAGAGACCAGAGUGCAGGUACUUUUUCAUUAGGUCAGGUUGUUACGAGGAGGUGUCUAGGAAUACCAUUUCUAUUUGGCUUCAUGAAGUAAUCAGACAGGCUUACACCACUUCUGACGAAGAGGUUGACCUCCCUUCUUUUGCUGGAACUCAUGAAGUCAGAGGUUUGGGUACAUCUCUUGCUUUUUGGAAGAAAUUUUCUGAUUUUCAGGGAAUGAGGACAGGCUGCCUUCAAGAAGUCCUAGACACCUUUUUCAUGAGACCUGUGGUGGCUGCCCAACAAAUUGUGUAGUCACUUUAGCAGCUCUGGAUUUAGACAGGGUCAGUUUCUUAUGUGAGGUAUCUAGGUUACGUAUAAAUGAGUAAUAUGUGUGAAUGUGGAAUGGCUGGAUUCCCUUUCCCUUAUUCCUUUGGGAGCAGCAUCCAGGCUGCAGUACGAGCUGGAGUUGUAUGACUUACUGGUGAGCAUACUAUGGGUAUCCAUAUCUGUGUCUGGGAUAGGAAAGCAUUGCCCUUGUCCUCUUUCCAAUAAUUUUGAGAGCCUUCCGACUUUCUCUCGAGGGAGGUGUCAUGGUUUUCCAAAAUAUUCCUUAUUUAGUAACUCCACUUUGUUUGAGAAGGGGCACUCAGGCCCAGUCCCUACUACUCUGGCCAAUUAUUUAGUGUAACUGGUAAGAGGUUACAGGAGUCAUGUCUUGCCCUAUUUGCUGGGCGUCAGGGAUCACAGACACCUUGGUGCUCUCAGCUACAUUCAGUUGAAGGGGAUUGAUCUCCCAUAUAAGGAGUGGGUUCUUGAAUAAAAAUGCGUUGGCUUAUAUUUUGGUAGGAACAAAUAAAUUUUUAAUAACAAUUUGUAUUUUUCUUGGGUAUGCCAACCAGAGCCUUUUCUAUUUGGUCUUACCUCAACCACCCAGCUGAAUCUCGGAAGCUGUAGGAAAAGUGAAGACAAUGGUCAGUGAGUGAAGGAUACUCCCCACUUGGCCCCCUAUCUUCACCCGUUCACCUCUUUUGAUUGGUUUCUAUCUUGUGCUUGAAGAUACUCCCCAAAAAUUAAGGCUGUGGUUUGUAUACAUAGGAAAAAUACAAGCUGUUCAAAUUUUUUUUUCUUUUUUUUAAUAUCUUCUAAUUCUUCAGUAUAUAAUUUAUCACAACAAGACUGUAUUUACAAUUAUUGUGCAGAAACUGUGGCUUUUGGGAAUGAAGUCUAGCUUUAUAUUUUUUCCCAUCAGGAGUAAAUUGAUGAUCCUUUCCAUAGUUCUCACCAGCAGGGUAUUUUAAUUCCAUGGUUUUAUUACAUGGUAGAAUGGGUAAACAUGUCUUUCCCAGUAAACAGCAUAUUUAGUUGUGCCAUUUGCUUAAAAAGUCAUUUGAGUCUGUUACCCAGGUAUAUGGCCAGCUUUAGUUUACACUUCUAAGUUCUACUUAUAUUUAGACUAGAUAAUGUAUGGUUUGAUUAAAACGAUGAUAGACCACAGACUAAUACCAGUUUGCAAUACAUAUUUUUAAAAUUGCCUUAUUUAUGACCAUUUGGUAAUAAACCUUAUAUUUCAUAUACUAAAUACUUUAUGGUUCGUAUAAAGUUGACAUAAAAUUGCAAUGGAAUAUAUUUUUUUAAAUUAAGCUCAACUGUAUCAGUUUUGUAGCUUCAUUUCAAUUUGAUGUUUAUGUAAUUGUUCUUACAUUGUGUUUCUGAAGAAAUAAUUUUUAAAUUAAUUUUGUAUGUUUAUAUAUUUUAUUUAGUUGUCUUUUGGUCUUAGUAGGAUGGCUACUAUCUUACAUUUCUUGUUAACUGGUUAUUCUGAAUGUCAUUAUCCAUAGCAUGAUCACUUCCCCUCUAACACUUGUAUACAAGCAAUUUUUAGUGUCUUGUGCACCAAAAUAUCACUUCUUGUGUCAGUCAUUCAAGUUAGACAUCAUCUUUGGUGCCUAACAGAGCUGUUUUUGGAAGGAAAUUGUUUCCAUUUGUAGAAAGAUUUAGAAUAGUUUUCCCACGGUUAUAGUGGCAUUGGUACUUAG